AUGUUUCGAAUACGUCCAGUCUUAUACAAGUCUAGUAAUGUUUUGCAAACAUUAAAGCCUGGAAUUAUUUCUAGACCUUUUUCAUUUAUUACAAAACCUACAACAACAACAACAACAACAACACAAAUCAUAUCACAUAGAUUAAUUCAAUCACGGAAUUUGAUGUCAACGAAAACAACCAAUUUAGGUCCAGUUAAAUUCACAUUACAAAUAUUAACUGGUGUUUAUUGUGGAUUACUUAUUGUUUGUUUUGGUCUGUGUUAUUUAUUAUAUAGUGAUGCCAAUCAACGACAAAAUAUUCCCUUUGAAUUAUCAUUAGAUGAUCAUAUUAAUGCUGUUAUGGCCAUUAAUAAAGAUGAUGUAUGUGAAGCACCAAGACAUGCCACAAAACAUUAUCGAAGAUUAUUAAUUGAUUUAGCCAAACAAGAAUUAGAAGGAACAACAGAGAAUACUACAAUUGAUGAAAGUAAAUUUGAUAAUCGAUAUGAUGUCCCUAUAUUAUCUACUGAUUUUUUAAUUCAUAAUAAAUCGAUCAAAUUUAUUAAUUUUUAUAUUGAUAUGAUUUUAAGAUAUAGUAAAUGUUUAUUAUCAAAAGGAGAAUUAGAUGUUGCUAUUAAAAUGUUGACAAGAAUUGUUAAUGAUGAUUUUAUAUUUUUCAAAUUAGGUGAUGCUGAAAAAUUAUCUAGUAGUAGUCGAGUAUUAGCCAAAAUUACUCCUGAUAUUACGAAAAAGAUAUCUAUUUUACAAAGAUCAAUUGAAAUGUUGACUGAAACUAAUAAAUCUAUGCAAAUUGAUAAUAAUUAUAUCUUAUUGGAAAAUUCUAAAAUAUCUGAUGAAUUAAUUAAUUGUUUAAAUGAUUUAGCAUCUAAUUUAGCUAAAUUAUCUCAACAACAAUCAAAUAAAAACAAAUUCAACCCGGAAUUAUUGAAUCAAUCAUUACAAAUUUAUUUAUCUGAAUUAAGAUCAUUACAAACAAUUAGACUGAAAAUUGAAUCUAAUCAAGCUAAUCAAGCCACAUAUCCACUUUUCAAUGUUGAUCGAGCCAAUUUAAUUGGAAUGAUUAAUACUAUAAAAGCUCAUAUUAGUGAAAUCAUGUGGGUUAAAGGUCAUAAAGAUAAAGCAAUUAAUUUAUCAGAACAAAUUUUACAAGAAUUAUAUUAUGAUCGAUAUUCUGAUCCUAAAUUUGGUCCUAUUUUAUUAAAUGUUUUAAAUAAUCUUGAAAUUAUGUAUAAUAAUUUACGGAAAUCAAAUGAUAUUAAACGAUGUCAACAAUUAAAACAUGAUGUUUCCAUAUAUGAAAUUCGUAAACGAUUUGAUAUUCCUUGGUAUGAAAGAGUCAUGAAAAGAAUUAGUAAAACUAUUUAUUUACGUACACCAAUUGGAUUAGUAGAAAAAGGAUUAAGAGAUAGAUUUGAACCAAGAUCAAGAGUUAAAGAAUUAGAUGAAUUUGAAGAUGAAGAUGAUGAAAAUAGAAAUCAAUGGUUUUAUCCCCUUGCCAAAUAG